CCGAUGUGUCCGGUUCGAUGACACUCGCCCCUCUGGCCGCCAGUAUCGUCGAGGUCAAAUUCACAACGCUCCAGAUGGAGGUGGAUCAGGAUUUUCGUGAUUUUUACUUCGAAGGCCGGUACGAGUUUGCGCGCGACGGUUGCGAGACGGAUUGGGAUGAGCGACGGCUCCGGGGACGGAGUGGUGAUGCCUAUCUACGGCCAACGCCCUGCCCGGCGCUGAUACAACCGUGGCUACUGGAACCGGAAACACCGGGCAGCUAUUUAGUGUUGAAGAUGAAGGGCUUCUGGAUGCCGCCACUGCUACAAUCCGCACCACCGUGUCCAACCGAUGCCCGCAUUACCGUUUACUCGACGAAUAAUCCACGCGGUUCCCGGGACCUCUGUCCAUCCGGUCCGGAUGUUGUGGCAUUCUCUGACGGUUGGGACCAGGCGUACGAGUUCAGUGCGGUUGAGGUGGCGCGCAGCUUAAUCGUCGAGUUCCGUAGCUCGCAUCGGCCAGCGGCACUGGAAACCUCGAUGGACUACAAGUUCUCCUGGAUGGAGAUUUUCCCCGGGCACGACUGUCCGUACAAGUGCCAGGAGCUGCAGGCUUGCAUUCCGUCCGAGCUGUGGUGCGAUGGGCGGGCACACUGUCCCUCGGGCCAGGACGAAAGUCCGGCCGAGUGUGACUCACGGUUACCACUGUCACCGCUCCACGUAGGACUGGCGGCCGCCACGCUGACGCUGGUCCUUUCGCUGGCCGCCGGACUGACGGCUUGUGCGCGGCGUAAGCGCGUCGAGAAGAAGCAACAUCUGCACCAUCACCAUCAUCAUCAUCAUCAUGGCGGUUCCACGCAUCAUCUCGAUUCCGGUGGAGGAGGGGGAGGGGGUAUGGGUGGUGGUGGUGGUGGAGGAGGAUCGAUUCGUGGUGGGUACGGGGGCUACAAUCCGCACGCCAAUCCACACCACCAUCUGUCGACCUCGUCAUCGCUGGUCGGCCAUCCGCUGGCACCCCUGUAUCUGGACCCGAGCAAGGAUAGCUUCUGUUGACAGGAGCUGGAGACUUCGGUGUAGCCCAUGCCGAAGUCGCAGGACUUCUACUACUUCGCGUUCAAUGCCGGUAGCGGUGCUGGUGCCGGGACCGGCAGCACCAGCCAUUGCUGAGUUUGCCCCCCCCCCCCCCCCGCCACCCCUCCUCAAAAAACUGUCACCAUCUACCUAGCUCCAUAGCUCGCGGGGAGUGUGAUGAUGCGGCCCCCCUAUAUUCCCCUACUCCCUCUAUCUGUCUCUCCCGUACUAGCAACUAAGCGUAGAAGCGAAAUGGCAGAAUGGGGGUGCGGUGCGGUGGGAUUGGAUGGAUGGUGGAUGGAUUGAAUCUUUUUAAUUCAGACAAUCAGGCCAGCGGUGCUGUUGGAAUGCUUUUAAACGAACCUGUCCCCGAUCCGCACCUUUCCUUUUCUCCCCUUUUACUACUCCCAGCGGUACUGUUGGUUGGUUGGUUGGAUGCGGAUUGGUUGCCCGAUCACGCGAUCGCUCUCGAUCGCGAUCGGUCGAGAGGCCGCUUCGGAUUCGGAUGUUGUACAUUUGCAAAUUACUAGUAACUAAUAUGGUUGUGACAGGGCCUGAUCGCAAUGAUGGUGAUGGUGGAGGUGGCGUGGUGGUGCUGCUGGAGAAAUGGCGCGAUUCUCGGAAUGGAAAGGAGCACCUCACGUAGGGCGUGGACACACAUUUUAUGGGGACUCGCUUCCGGAACACUGUGCCGGCUGUGUGGCAAGAAGAAACAGUCUAGAGGCGUUGUAAAUAGAACUGACGAGAUCGUGUACGAUGUUACUUCAACGAAUUGUGUCUGGAGUGGAGGGUUAUGGUGUCCUGCGAGUUACCAUUUGCUCCUAAUGUUUUCUUCAAUUUCCUUCCUCCAUUUUCAACCAGUGUUUUCCGGUUGUUUAAUCCUACAACGAAAUUAGAUGUUAACGGAUGAGUUUCCACUGUUAUUAGCCAGCUUUCCAAUGAGUUUUCAUAAUUUCUUACUCUUCUGUACAUGCUCUGUAUUAUAACUUUUCCUAAUCUUCCAAAACCACAAUCACAUUUUUCAAACUCAACUGUCUUUACCACGCGGGGAGAGGGAUAAGUUCUAGAAAGGAAGGAAAGAGAAGAAGUAAUUUUAAAACUAAAUAUAGCAAAUACCCCCUAAAACAAAAACCACAGAAGUAAACUAAAAAUCAAGAUGAAAACCGCCCCCCCCCCCCUAAAAAAACACAAAACGACACAUACACGCUCACACAAACACACAUGGACACACUGAAAAGCAAAACCUGCAAAUCCCUUUACUCAAAUCGUCAAAUGAUAAUGUGAUUCUCAGUAGUUAAGCAAACUAAACGCGAACUAAAGAAACGAAGAAAAUUAAAAGGAGAAAAACAACAACAAAACAUAAAACGAAACCGCAAACCAAACCAAUGGUCAACGGCGUUGGUUUGACCGAACGAACGAACGAACGAACGAAGGAACGAAACUGAAAAACCCGAAUCAUAUAUUGCCCCAGAUAUAAAGGUGUAGGUGUAAAACAGUUUGUAAAAAGUAACUCUAAAUGUGUCAUGUGCUCCCGGUUAUUCCACGUUGAGCCGGUGUUGGUGGGUUGGGAUAGAUUGGCAAAUAGACAAAACCAGUGGGAGGGGUGGGUGCAGUUACCGCGUAUCCGUCUCUCCCCCUCCACCCUGACACCGCAAUCUGCUCUUCCACAGUCCCCUGUUUUGCUCAACCUCAACGCCAUCAUCAACAACCGUUCGCCGUUGCUGGUGGCAUGUUGUGCGAUCUAAGUAGACCAGUUGAAUGGAUAGAGUGAGUGCGCCCGCUCUCGAGAGGUUGUGAACCAGCGCAGUUGUUUAGGGCCCGCGGUGAAGAGAGACAGAGAGCGAAGCAACAAUGCUGCGAAAAGACCCGCCAGUGGGUUAAGGACUGAAUAGGUGAAGGUAACCGCGCGUGAUUUGGAAUGCCGAAUGGUAGUUAAGUUUAGGACAGCUAAGUCAUACCCUAUCGCUAAGCCUGGAAGGAGGUUGUAAUGUACCAUAUAGUGUGAUGUGGCCGUUUUAGUCCGUAAGUGAGCAAGUGGAUUGACGGAACUCCUGGAUGCUUUUCCCUAUCGCUAUCGCUUCAAGAACCCCCUCCCCCCAUGUUUUCCCUUCUCCUUACACCAAUAAUGCUUCUUCGUCGUCUGCUAGCAUCCCACAGCCUACCCCGAGCGAGAGAGAGAGAGAGAGAGUGAGAAAGAGAGAAAGAUUGAUCCUUCAUCUGCUGUGUAUGCAAUCCCAGAUGCAUCCUAGUACACUGCACUAGGCGCGCACGUGCGUUGCCAGGUUACCGUAUAACAGUUUCUUCGAACAGUGUAUGUACGCGUGGUAUGUUGGGAGAAAGCGUAUGAUUUGAGACAGGAGAUGAUAAGCUGUACAUAUUAUCGCUAGCACUUGGAAAAGAAAGAAGGGAAAAGGGAGAGGAACACACCCGCACACACACACACACACACUUAGCGUUGUACGGAAGGUGGAUCUAUGUUGUUGCAGGUAAAUACUGCUGGAGCCGAAAUCGUAGCCAAUCGUGCCGAUGUGGCUAGCAAUCGAUCGAUGAUGAAUAAACCGAUCAAUAAAGUA